AUGCCGACCGUCAUUAGCGCGUCUGUGGCCCCACGGACAGAGGCUGAGCCCAGGUCCCCAGGGCCAGUUCCUUGCCCAGCCCAGAGCAAGACCAUUGAGGCUGGGGGCGGAAACCCAAGUGGCAUCUAUUCAGCCAUCAUCAGCCGUAAUUUUCCUAUUAUUGGAGUGAAAGAGAAGACAUUUGAACAGCUUCACAAGAAAUGUCUAGAAAAGAAAGUUCUUUACGUGGACCCUGAGUUCCCACCGGAUGAAACCUCUCUCUUUUAUAGCCAGAAGUUCCCCAUCCAGUUCGUCUGGAAGAGACCUCCGGAAAUUUGUGAGAAUCCCCGAUUUAUCAUUGGUGGAGCCAACAGAACUGACAUCUGUCAAGGAGAUCUAGGGGACUGCUGGUUUCUCGCAGCCAUUGCCUGCCUGACCCUGAACAAGCGGCUCCUUUUCCGAGUCAUACCCCACGAUCAAAGUUUCGUCGAAAACUAUGCAGGGAUCUUCCACUUCCAGUUCUGGCGCUAUGGAGACUGGGUGGACGUGGUUAUUGAUGACUGUUUGCCAACGUACAACAAUCAACUGGUUUUCACCAAAUCCAACCACCGCAAUGAGUUCUGGAGUGCUCUGCUGGAGAAGGCUUAUGCUAAGCUCCAUGGUUCCUAUGAAGCUCUGAAAGGUGGGAACACCACAGAGGCCAUGGAGGACUUCACAGGAGGGGUGACAGAGUUUUUUGAGAUCAGAGAUGCUCCCAGCGACAUGUACAAGAUCAUGAAGAAAGCCAUCGAGAGAGGCUCCCUCAUGGGCUGCUCCAUUGAUGAUGGCACGAACAUGACCUAUGGAACCUCUCCUUCUGGUCUGAACAUGGGGGAGUUGAUUGAACGGAUGGUGAGGAAUAUGGAUAACUCGCUGCUCAGGGACUCAGACCUCGACCCCAGAGGCUCAGAUGACAGACCGACCCGGACAAUUGUUCCAGUUCAAUAUGAGACAAGAAUGGCCUGUGGGCUGGUCAAAGGUCAUGCCUACUCGGUCACUGGGCUGGAAGAGACCCUGUUCAAAGAUGAGAAAGUGAAGCUGGUGCGGCUGCGGAACCCCUGGGGCCAGGUGGAGUGGAACGGCUCUUGGAGUGACGGUUGGAAGGACUGGAGCUUUGUGGACAAAGAUGAGAAGGCCCGUCUGCAGCACCAGGUCACUGAGGAUGGAGAGUUCUGGAUGUCAUAUGACGAUUUCAUCUACCAUUUUACAAAGCUGGAGAUCUGCAACCUCACAGCCGAUGCUCUGGAGUCUGACAAACUUCAGACCUGGACAGUGUCUGUGAACGAGGGCCGCUGGGUGAGGGGCUGCUCUGCCGGAGGCUGCCGCAACUUCCCAGACACUUUCUGGACCAACCCGCAGUACCGUCUGAAGCUCCUAGAGGAGGACGACGACCCAGAUGACUCUGAGGUGAUCUGCAGCUUCCUGGUGGCCCUGAUGCAGAAGAACCGGCGGAAGGACCGGAAGCUGGGGGCCAACCUCUUCACCAUCGGCUUCGCCAUCUAUGAGGUUCCCAAAGAGAUGCACGGGAACAAGCAGCACCUGCAGAAGGACUUCUUCCUGUACAACGCCUCCAAGGCCAGGAGCAAAACCUACAUCAACAUGCGGGAGGUGUCCCAGCGCUUCCGCCUGCCCCCCAGCGAGUAUGUCAUCGUGCCCUCCACCUACGAGCCCCACCAGGAGGGGGAAUUCAUCCUCCGGGUCUUCUCUGAAAAGAGAAACCUCUCUGAGGAAGCUGAAAACACAAUCUCCGUGGAUCGGCCAGUGAAAAAGAAAAAACCCAAGCCCAUCAUCUUCGUUUCAGACAGAGCAAACAGCAACAAGGAGCUGGGUGUGGACCAGGAGUCAGAGGAGGGCAAAGACAAAACAAGCCCUGAUAAGCAACAGAGAUCCCCACAGCCACGGCCUGGCAACGCUGACCAGGAAAGUGAGGACCAGCAGCAAUUUCGGAACAUUUUCAAGCAGAUAGCAGGCGACGACAUGGAGAUCUGUGCAGAUGAGCUCAAGAAUGUCCUUAACACAGUUGUGAACAAACAUAAAGACCUGAAGUCACAAGGGUUCACACUGGAGUCCUGCCGUAGCAUGAUUGCUCUCAUGGAUACAGAUGGCUCAGGGAGGCUGAAUCUACAAGAGUUCCAUCACCUCUGGAAGAAGAUUAAGGCUUGGCAGAAAAUUUUCAAACACUAUGACACAGACCAAUCCGGCACGAUUAACAGCUAUGAGAUGCGGAAUGCAGUCAAUGAUGCAGGAUUCCACCUCAACAGCCAGCUCUACGACAUCAUCACCAUGCGGUACGCAGACAGGCACAUGAACAUCGACUUCGACAGUUUCAUCUGCUGCUUCAUCAGGCUGGAGGGCAUGUUCAGAGCUUUCAAUGCGUUUGACAAGGAUGGAGACGGUAUCAUCAAACUCAACGUUCUAGAGUGGCUGCAGCUCACCAUGUAUGCCUGAACCAGGCUGGCCGUGUCCACAGCCACGCGGGAUCACUCAGGAUUUCAAGUGCACCCAAUAUAGCUAGAGCCACUUACCUCAAAGGACCCAGCAGCCGCUUCCCAGCAGGCCUCCAGGCACCUCGUCGGUCUUGUUCCUCCUCCACUUUACUCCCUACUUGCUCUUGAUCAGUCAUGCCCAGCCUGUCCCUUUAGUCCAGCAAUGAGGUAGGGAGAACAGUACUGUCCCUUCACCAU